UCAAACCCACCUCUAGCUUCUGAACUGAGAAGUGAAAAGUGAAGUUUAUCAAAAAGAGAAGUAAAAACCACAGCUCAGAAAAGCGAGGGAGGUCGAUACUCGAUAUUGGUUCAAGCUGCGCAAACUCAACUGGACUAUCACAUACCAAUCUCAAUUCUCAACCCAGGUAACAAUUCUUCAUUCUUUUUCCACUUAAAGUAACUAGCUUCAAUCUCAAAUCAAAUGUUUCGUUUAGUUUGCUUAAACCUCCCACAACAGUUAAAGCACAGAGCUUUACAACAUAGCCAUGCCCACUUGUUCUCAAAACUCUCUAAUUCCAAUGACACACCAUCGUUUACACUCUCUUUCCUUCAAAAAUCAUGUGGGUUGUCCUUAGAAUCCGCCAUUUCAGCUUCCAAGAAGCUCAACAUUGUGAAAACAAAGAAUCCCAACUCAGUUGUGGAACUUUUGACAACUCACGGUUUGACUCAGAUCCAUGUCAAAAGUUUAAUUACUAGUCGUCCAGUCUUGCUUUUGGCUGAUUUAGACAAUACCCUGAAGCCCAACUUGGAGUUGUUUGAGUCAUUGGGGUUUUCUAGUACUAGCCUUGGCAAAAUGAUUACCAAAGACCCACGUGUGCUUGAAAGUGAUGUAUACACUGUGGUUGAGUUCUUUAGAGCUCAUGGUUUCAGUGAUCAGCAAAUAUCAGAUUUGACUAUGAAGCUUCCGAGAUUGUAUAUAUACAAUGCACAUAAGAUUUUCAAGCCAUAGUUUGAAUUUUUCAGAUCUUUGGGCUUAUCAGAACUUGAAAUUGCAAAGAUUUUAUCAACCGAGCCUUAUAUUCUAGAAAGGAGCCUUGAAAACCAAAUCAUUCCUUGUCUUCAAAAACUUAGGCAGAUUCUUGGCAAUGAUGAGAAUGUCUUAAAGGCUAUAAAGGCAUGCUACUGCAUACUUGAAUGUAAUGUGGAAAAAGUGCUACAGCCCAACAUAUCGAUGUUGGUAAGCCGUGGUGUACCCAUGUCCUUAAUUUUGAAAAUGUUCAUGUUCCAACCAAAAUCAAUGCUUAUGAGGAUUUAUCGGUUUAGUGAGGCUGUUGAUCAAGUUAUGAAAUUGGGUUUUGAUCCCAAUAAUCUGCUAUCUGUUCUAGCUGUACGUUCCAUGGUGGUUAUGAGUAAAUCUUUGUGGGAGCAAAAGGUAGAAGGUUUUAAAAGUUUUGGAUUGUCAAAGGAUGAGAUUUAUGCAGCAUUCAAAAAGCAACCCAUGUGUAUGAUGGCUUCAGAGAAUAAAAUCAGGAAAUUGAUGAGUUUCUUUGUGAACAAACUGAAUAUGACACCUUCAAUGAUCUCCAAGAAUCCAAAUCUUCUACUGCUUAGCUUGGAGAAGAGGAUUAUUCCAAGGUGUUCAGUUCCGCAUCUUUUGGUAUCAAAGGGGUCGGUUAAGGAAGAAACUAGCAUUAUUAAUUUGUUCAGAAUGACUGAGAAGGGGUUUGUGGACAAUUUAGUGAGCAAAUAUCAGAAUGAGGCUCCAGAUGUUGUUAAUCCACACCAAGGCAAGAUAGAAUUUCAAGGGUUCCCCUUUGAUUUAAAAAAUUUGAGUUAUUGUGAGUUCAAGAUGGAACAAAUCACUGCUUUUGGCCACAUCUUCAUUUAGUUUAGUCCAUCUUUAUUGCUCACAUUGGGUGACGAAUAGAAACUCAUCAAAGUUGAGCUGAACCUUUUAUGUAUAAUGAAAAACCCCAUGCACUUGUUUUAUGGAGGUGGCUAUAUGGGCUGGCAAUUUGAAAUUUGAAUUUAGAAGAAGUCAUUAACCCUUGGCCUGCUCUGAUUACAUGAGACAGGAGUAUGGCAUGGCACAAGAAUCUUUAUGAUCCAGCCAGCUGGUGAUCCUCUCAAAUUCCCUUUUUUCAUCAACAGUAAGGGUGGAUUCUAAGGUUGAUGUUAUUUAAAAAUGUGUUUCAAAUGUCAAGGCACUCUAGGAUGUUUAGGUUUUUCAGGUCUUGUGAUAAGAAUUUACUCAGAAACCAUAUAUUUUUACAAUUAUUAUUAUUCUCCUGUUGUUAUCUCUAAAAAGGUUAGUUUCUAUUGUUUUUUUUUUGUUAUCAUAUCUAUUUUGACUUGCAUUGA